AUGUACAAACCUUCUAGGUCUCUGAGAUAGAGUUAAGAAAAAUUCUAUACUAACAACAAACCAUCUCCAUAGACAAGAGCAGUUUCAUUUGCUACUACGAUGGAAGAGCCUCUUAGAUUAAUCAACAGAGAAUUCGAUAGAGAUUUAUAUAAGUAGAAGUUGAAAGUUUAAGAGGCUGAAUUACUGGAAGCAAAAGGUAGACAUAUCCAAUUUGAUAGAUUAGAGCAGUAGAGUUAAAUUUGUAUUGAGUUGAAUGAGCAGAGAUUGAAGAAUAAAUAAUAAUAAUAAGUUAUAGAGAAUUUAGAAUUCAAACUUCAAAUUGAAAAGAAGGAUUCUCUCAUUUAUUAGCAAUAAGUUUAGAGAUUGGAGGAACAGUACAAUUAUUUAUAAGACAAUUAUGAUACAUAAAAAUAACAGAUAAUUGUAUUGCAAGAGAGCAUAGAGUAAAUUUAGAAGAAGAACAAUCUUGAGAAGGAAAUGAGAAGUGAAAAAGAAUUCUUACAGGAGAAGGAAAUUAAAUUUUAAUAAAGCGAGAUAAAGAGAUAUUAAGAGGAAAUUGUUAAAUAGAGAGAACAUAUAUUAUAGAAUAGUUAAUAGCAAAAUGCUAAUGAAUUUAUUUUAAUAUUAGAAAAUAAAUUUGAAUUAGUUUAAAAGGAAUUCAUAUUCUAUAAAAAAGAAAAAGAAUAAGAAAUUGAAGGCAUGAAAUAAUUGAUAGAUUCUUAUCAAAGUUAAAUCUAACGUCUAAACAAAGAAAACUAAUUGUUAUUAGAUAAAUAAUCUAUUAUUUCUACAACAGAAGAGCAUUAAUAACAAAUUAAAACUCUUUAAAUUGAAUUAGAAAGCUAAAUAUAAAUUUGCAAGUAGUUAAAUUAAUAAAUUACAAUAUUACAAUAACAAUUGAACCAAACAAAUUUGAUAUGCUAAAAUCUCAAAGAAGAAAAACUAGGUGCCAUAAAAGAAAAAUAAGCAAUAGAAACCUAUUAUCUAGAUUAAUUGUAAAAAUAAGAUGUACAACUCUCAUAAAUGAUUAAAUCAUCUGUUUAAAAUGAGUAAAAAGCCUAAAUCUAAAAGUUACAAAUUAUUAUAGAACAAAAGGAUCUGAUGAUAAGGGAAUUGAGUAUGCAGAAGGAUUGUAAUUGUAAUAAGUAGAUUAAGAAUGAAUAAAAAGUCAUUAUCAGAGAUCUUGAAAAGAAGAAUGCAACUUUGGUUAUGGAGGUUGAAAGAUUAAAUAAAAUUUUAAAAUAAAAAUUAACAGAACUCGAAAAUUAAACUUCUAGAUCAUGCGAAGAAAAUCACAAGAAAUACCUAGAAGAGAUUGACAUCUGGAAAAGCAAGUUCUUAUCAAUCAAUAAACAAUACCACAUUAGUUAAGAAUAGCUAAUGGUAGUUAAAACUGAAUUAGAUGGUUUAAAAAAAGCCAAAUAAAAAGAAAAUAUCGAUCCUAUCUUAAAUAAUAAAGUAGGAUGA